GGGUUAGUGUUGGAACAGUGUGAGUGAGAGGAGGGCGGGGAGGCUGUGCUGUGUCCGACUCCUCCGUAAACAUUAUAUUAUGGUGCUCAUGUAGCGCCCACCACUACACCCCCACACACUACACCCUGCUUCUCGACACCUUCCCUGCCACCACCACUAGUUACCAUGACGGAGUACAAGCUGGUGGUUGUUGGAGCUGGUGGCGUGGGAAAGAGUGCACUCACCAUUCAGCUUAUUCAAAAUCACUUUGUUGAUGAAUACGACCCAACAAUAGAAGACUCUUAUCGCAAGCAGGUGGUUAUUGAUGGGGAGACGUGUCUCCUGGACAUCCUCGAUACAGCCGGGCAAGAAGAAUACAGUGCAAUGCGGGACCAGUAUAUGCGAACAGGGGAAGGGUUUCUGCUUGUGUUUGCUGUCAACAAUGCUAAAUCAUUUGAAGACAUAAGUACAUAUCGGGAACAGAUAAAGAGAGUUAAGGAUGCUGAAGUGGUACCAAUGGUUUUGGUAGGCAACAAGUGUGAUCUACAAGUGCGGGCUAUGGACAUGCAGCAGGCACGCGAAGUAGCUAAGAAUUACGACAUUCCUUUCAUAGAGACCUCUGCCAAGACCCGCAUGGGUGUUGACGAUGCCUUUUAUACUUUAGUUAGAGAGAUCAGGAAAGAUAGGGAACAUCGUGGGAAGAUUAAGCCAGGACAUAGGAGGAACAGGAGGAAGUGCAUUGUAUUUUAGGAGGACUAUAUUGAAUAGACUUAUAAACCUAAUGGUAUUAAGCCCAUUGUUUUCAUCAGUGUUGUGCAGAAUAACUUCAUCAGUGCAGUUCAUUUGACUUCCAAAUUCUGCAACUUACAGAAAAUGAUUUAGAUGAGAGAAUGUUUGAGUUCUCUGAAAAUGUUGCCUGAAUUGGCACCCACUGAUACACUAGAUAUUACAAGUGGUACCCACUGAUGCGCUGGCUAUUGCAAGUGGUACCCACUGAUGCGCUGGCUAUUACAAGUGGUACUCACUGACGAGUUGGCUACCACAAAUACUACAGCUCAUGAACUGGCUAUUACAAAUGGUUCACACUGAUGGGGUAGAUACCACAAAAAGUACCUACUGGUGAGCUAGGUACCACAAAUGGUACUCGCUGAUGGGAGGGGUAUCACAAAUGGUACCUACUGGUGGGCUGGCUACUACAAAUGGUACUCACUGAUGGGAGGGGGUAUCACAAAUGGUACCUUCUGGUUAGCUAGGUACCACAAAUGGUACUCACUGACGGGAGAGGUAUCACAAAUGGUACCUACUGGUGAGCUGGCUACCACAAAUGGUACUCGCUGAUGAGGUGGGUGCACAAAUGGUACUACUCGCUGAUGAGGUGAGUACCACAAAUGGUACUCGCUGAUGAGGUGAGUACCACAAAUGGUACUCGCUGAUGAGGUGAGUACCACAAAUGGUACUUGCUGAUGAGGUGAGUACCACAAAUGGUACUCGCUGAUGAGGUGAGUACCACAAAUGGUACUCGCUGAUGAGGUGAGUACCACAAAUGAAGAAGUUGGUCUCUUGGUCUCAGCUAUGUGUAAUUCAGUCCAUGUCGGUUUCCUUUCAGUUUUUUUUUUUUUUUUUUAAUAUCUUUAAUUCACACAGUAUUGGAAAGUAUGUCCUGAUGUAAAAUGGGCUGUUUUUGCAAGCCCAAAGCAAACUUUUAAAACUGAUGUAAGAUAGAUAAUACUAAGAUCCCAAAAAGGAACUUGGAAGCACAAAUCCCAAAGUGGUCAUGCUAAAGUUUUGCUUUUCUUACUUAAAAAAAGUGAGAAAUCUAAUAAUGGCCUGGAAACUUAUGAGUUAGAUUCCUCUUGGACGUAAUUACCUCCCAAAUUACCUUUUAAUCUCUUGUUACCAUCAGAUAUCUGUGAGGUAAUACUGAGAGUGUAAGAGAAAAGAAUCAUAUCAGAGAUACAGCUUCGUGCUUUUAUAUGUUCGAAUAUUAAUAAUAGAAUUAUCUUUUAUAAUGAUACAAAUUCUGAUGUGUACAGGUAAGAAUAAUUGUAUGGUCACAUUGGAGUGUUUUGAGGAUGUUAAAAAUAGUGUUUUCUUUUUAUUUGCACAGAAGCAUGCAAAAUAUAAUAUGGAGGCCAUGAUGCAUGGCCUGUAAUGACCAGACACUCACCACUUACACAUGUAUAAUAGAAAAACUUACUUGCAAAACAUGGACAUUCAGAAAUGCUGACAGUUACAUUUAUUAAUGAACCACUACUAAUUAUUGAGGUAUAGAGUUGCUACUAUUGCACAAAUAAUACAGAUGUCUAAGGAUUCUGAAUAAUGCUAAAAUGCCUGAAUAGCUCCUUAGGCAAGUAAGAAUUAAGCAAAAUUAUUUUGACUGGUAGAAAUUAUUGUGAUCAGUUUUGUUUUGGCUUAGUUUACCUUCAUUAAGGCUUGCCUGAUAUUGUGUGAGGUUGUUUUACAGCCCUUAUGGAUGUCCUGGUUUGUCCGGUGUUGAUAACAUGCUUUGUCCAUUUUGUGGAGAAUCCAGUUGGUUCAUAGUGUGACGGGCUUUUUACAAAAUAAGAAAAUCUUGGCUUGUUCAUCGUGUGGAGAACCUGUAUUUUCAGUACUGACAUGUUUUACCUGUGUUUUGGAUAUCCUGGAUUAACUAAAAUGAAAGAGUUUUUCUCACUGGGGAUGAUGUUACAUGUUCAGUGCAGGGGUGAACUGUUUGCCAUUAUCAUGUCCAAGCUGUCUCACUGGGGACGACCUUACAUGUUCAGUGCAGGGGUGAACUGUUUGCCAUUAUCAUGUCCAAGCUGUCUCACUGGGGACGACCUUACAUGUUCAGUGCAGGGGUGAACUGUUUGCCAUUAUCAUGUCCAAGCUGUUUCAUUCACUUAAAUUCAUUUAACUCAUUUUUUUCAUAAGAGCUUUUUUCCAUUAUUCUGAUUAACAUGACAUAAAAAAUUAUCAAAAUGGCAAAGCGUUUUUAUUCAAAAAUAAAAUUUAUCGCUGAAUUAAAAUGUUGUUUUUUACUUUUUAUAGCCAGUCUCUGUUUAUCCAGGAUGUUGUUUAAACAGCAAAUCUAUCAUUGUUACUUGUUUAUUUUUGAAGAAAAAAAUGUCUCCUAAAUUUCAAAUUUAGCUCGUGUGUGGUGCAUAUAAUUAUUUGAACUUUACUUUGUGACUUUUAAUAAUUUUGAUAUUAUUUUAUUAUUAUUUAAAAAAUUGCAGUAUAUUAAAUACCUACCUUUGAAUGGUAUGAUAACCACAGUUGAUUGUUCUUGAUCUGGGUUGUCAUUGUGGUAGGCACUGUGGUUGUCAUUGCAGUAGGCACUGUGGUUGUCAUUGCAGUAGGCACUGUGGUUGUCAUGGCAGUAGACACUAUGGUUGUCAUUGCAGUAGACACUAUGGUUGCCAUUGCAGUAGACACUAUGGUUGCCAUUGCAGUAGACACUAUGGUUGCCAUUGCAGUAGACACCGUCGUUGCCAUUGCAGUAGACACCGUGGUUGCCAUUGCAG